UUAAAAUAAAACAUUACAUUGGCUAUAAAUAAACACCCUCUCUGUGCUAGGACACGCACACACAAACCAGCAGCCAUGGCUAGUAGUACUCCUCUCCUUUUGAUCUCUUGCGUGUUGCUUGCUUCUUGCUUUAGUGCCACUGAAGCACAAAGCAAACCUCCUAUAGUGAAUGGUCUCUCCUGGACUUUCUACAAAUCUAGCUGCCCUAAAGUUGAAUCUAUUAUCAGAAAUGAGCUCAAGAAAGUUUUCAAGAAAGAUGUUGGCCAAGCUGCAGGCUUGCUUCGUCUCCACUUCCAUGACUGCUUCGUUCAGGGAUGCGAUAGCUCGGUGUUGCUUGAUGGAUCAGCAGGUGGACCAAGCGAGAAGUCUGAACUUCCUAACUUGACCUUGAGGAAAGAAGCAUUUAAAAUCGUCAACAACCUCCGCGAGAUUGUCCACAAAGAGUGUGGCCGUAUCGUCUCUUGCUCUGACAUUGUCGCGAUCGCUGCCCGUGACUCCGUUGUCCUAACCGGUGGCCCUGACUAUGAUGUCCCCUUGGGAAGGCGAGACGGAGUAGUAUUCGCUCAAGUAAACCAAACUUUUGUAGACCUGGUAGGACCUGACGCUAACACUACCACCAUUCUCACCAAGCUUGCCCGGAAAAACCUUGAUGCCACCGAUGCAGUGGCCCUCUCAGGUGCCCACACCAUUGGCAUUGGCCACUGCACAUCUUUCACUGACCGUCUUUAUCCAACCCAAGAUCCUACCAUGGAUAAAACCUUUGCCAAUAAUCUCAAGCUAACUUGUCCAAAAAUAGACACCAGCAACAUAACUUUCUUGGAUAUUAGGUCCCCUAAUAAAUUUGACAACAAAUACUUCGUUGAUCUCAUGAACCGUCAGGGUCUUUUUACAUCGGACCAAGAUCUGUACACGGAUAAGAGAACAAGGGGCAUUGUCACUAGCUUUGCUAUCAAUGAAACAUUGUUCUUUGAAGAAUUCGUGCUUUCCAUGAUCAAGAUGGGGCAAUUGGACGUGCUGACAGGGAAUCAAGGGGAAAUUCGUGCCAAUUGCUCUGCCAGGAAUUCUGACAACAAGUACUUGGUGUCUAUCACUGAAGAGGAGAAUAUGGGAUCAUCUGCUGAAAUGAGAUAAAGAAGUUCAUUAGUCUUAACUGGUAGCUACUAAGUACUAGGAUCGAAGAGGUUGUUUCCAGGCAGCAACAAAUGAAAUGGGCAUUGGGUUUGUGUAGUUUUUGUAAUUUCUGUGACUUGUUUUUUAACAAGCAUGUUGUGUUCUUGUUAAUAAACUUGUUGGCCCUGUGAAAAUAAAGUAUUGAAUGACUAAUAUUGGAAAGUGAGAGCUAUCGUUCUUGUUUUAACAAA